UCUCACUGUACUUCGGAUUCCUGGGGCUGUGUUCUGUGGUAACCGGCGGCUGCAUUCUCUUUCUGCACUGGAGGAAGAACUUGCGGCGGGAAGAGCGUGCCCAGGAGUGGGUGGAGGUGAUGAGGGCCGCCACGUUCACCUACAGCCCGCUGUUGUACUGGAUUAACAAGCGUCGGCAUUAUGGCAUGAACACAGCCAUCAACACGGGCCCUCCCCCUGCUGUCACCAAGACCGAGACUGAGGUCCAGAAUGCAGAUCCUCUAUGGGAUUUGGACAUACCGGCGGGCAGGAACUCUGCCGCCCAAGACAGCAGCCCCAAGGUGGAGGCCCCUGCCCCGCUACGACCUCCGCUGCAGCCCCUACCUUCGCCAAUGCUGCGGUCCCACACCAGCUCCCCAGUCCCAGUUCCCGUCUUCCAGGAGGUGCCCUUUGCCCUUUCCCUGUGCAACCUGCCCCCAGUGCUGAACCACUCAGUCUCCUACCCUUUGGACACUUGUCCUGAAAGGAACGUCCACUUCCAUUCCCUCCCCACUAUGGCCCAUGGAGACCACUGCUUCAGUGCCAAGCCUUUUGCUUCAGAAUUAUAGCUUCCUCUCACUGAGGGUGGGAGCUGGAGGUAUCAGGGGCAGAGCAGGAAAAUGGAGCUAACCCCAGGAAGGUGGUAUUGACACAGAGGCCAGAGCCCAUCUGGAUGUCACAUUAUGAA